ACGCGACCAUUUUACAUACAGAACUAGAAUCCUAUAACAUCAUGGUGUUUCUUGAUAAAAGAAAUAUGCUGACUGAUAAUCGGUCGUCUGAAAACACUCCCGCACGUAAACUCUUUGCAGAGAGAUUGUCAAAUAAACCAGAGGGAUGUGAAACACCCGAAAUCCUAGCUUAUCAUGCAUGUUUGCAGAGUAUGAGAAGAAUUCAAGAUAAGUACUGUAUUGACUUGAAUCAACUGAACAACUUGAAUCCAGUGAAGAGUGAACAAUGUGUUUGGGAGUGGGAAGUGGUUGACUUGAGAGAGGAAUAUGUGCCUUCGUUUUAUCAUCCACGGUGUUACCGAUCCGAUGGUGCACUGAAUUCUCACACCAAAGAAACAGUAAGCAAUUCAACUGUGAACCACUCAAUCAAGUGUUAUGAGGAAUGGAAUAUUGUGGAAUUGAAGUUAACUGAGAAGGAAAGACGGAACACUUCAUUACUUAGUAAUGAGAUCAAACACACAGGAUGUAAGAGUCAUGCAUGCACUUUAUUCACACUGUGGAAACCGAAAAUUCAACGUGGAAAGUCUGUCGUUUCAAAUAAAAAUCAAGCAACAGUAUCACUUCAACCGUUGAAGAGAGAUCCGGGAAUGUUCGAUGGGUUGGAUCGUCGCUCUCAAAGUCUGGAUAAUUAUCCGCGUAAUUUACUUGGUGUCAGUGCAACUGAUUGUCCUGAUAAGAAUAAACCAGUGGAUUGUAUUGUUGUAAUGAUCUCCAACUGGCUGAUGUUAAGGAAAGUAAAUACCAGUUGGGGCAUGAUUCCUUGUGUCAAAUAGUUACAUGUAGACAGAAACAGUCAAAGAUCCCUACAGUAUUUUACCGCAAUACUCGACGGAGUCAUUCUGCAAAUAACAUGAAUGACUUAAAAUCAAGUGCUUCGAAAUCGUCAACUGAGACACAAUG